CGGCUGCGGGGCGGCCGCAGCUUCAAUCAGUGCGAGCAGCCCGGAGGCCGUCCGGGAGGAGGCGGCCGGCAUCAUCCCCUCCCCCCCGAGGAGCUGCCUGGAGGUUCCAGUAAAAGAGACAGGAUGAUUUUGAAGACAGUUGUGUUCCUCAGCUUAGUCCUGGGAAGUAGCGCUUUGCCUCUGGACGAUCUUGAGGAUGGAGGCAAGCACUGGGUGGUUAUCGUAGCAGGCUCCAAUGGCUGGUAUAACUACCGACAUCAGGCAGAUGUGUGCCACGCUUACCAGAUUGUUCACCGAAAUGGGAUUCCUGACGAACAGAUCAUAGUCAUGAUGUACGAUGACAUUGCAAAUGAUGAGAAUAAUCCCACCAAAGGUGUAAUCAUCAAUAGACCCAAUGGUACUGACGUGUACCAAGGAGUCCCAAAAGAUUAUACCCAAGAGAAUGUUACCCCUGAAAAUUUCCUCGCUGUCCUGAAGGGUGAUGCUGAGGCAAUGAAAGGCAAAGGAUCUGGAAAAGUCUUAAAAAGUGGCCCCAAGGAUCACGUGUUUGUUUAUUUCACUGACCACGGAGCACCUGGGCUGCUGGCAUUUCCAGACGGGGAUCUCCACGUGAAGGACCUGAACAAAACCAUUCGUUAUAUGCACCAACACAAAAAGUACAAAAAGAUGGUGUUUUAUAUCGAAGCUUGUGAAUCUGGGUCAAUGAUGAACCAUUUGCCUGACAACAUCAAUGUUUAUGCAACUACGGCUGCCAACCCCAGUGAAUCUUCCUACGCCUGUUACUAUGAUGAAGAGAGACAGACUUACUUGGGAGACUGGUACAGUGUCAACUGGAUGGAAGAUUCAGAUGUGGAGGAUCUGACUAAAGAAUCUCUCCACAAGCAAUUCCAGCUAGUUAAAAGCCACACCAAUACCAGUCACGUUAUGCAGUAUGGAAACAAAACUCUCUCUUCCAUGAAAGUGGUGCAGUCAGGAGCAAACAAGAAAUCCCAGUUCCCCAUCACUCUGCCACCAGUAGACCAUCUGGAUCUCACUCCUAGUCCUGAUGUCCCUCUGGCAAUCAUGAAAAGGAAGUUGAUGGCCACCAAUGACAUAAACAAAGCCAACAGGAUUGUUGGCGAGAUGAAGACUUAUCUAGAGGCAAGAAAUAACAUUCAGGCAUCAGUGUACAAAAUUGUCUCAUUAGUGACAUCAAACGCCGCUCACACAGAGAAACUUCUCUCAGAGAGACAGAUGAUCACCGAACAUAAUGUUAACCAGGCCGCUGUAACUCACUUCAAAACCCACUGCUUCAACUGGCACUCUCCCAUGUACGAAUACGCUCUGAGACAGCUCUACACAUUUGUCAAUCUCUGCGAAGGAGGAUAUUCUAUCGACAGAAUGAAACUGGCCAUGGAGAAAGUGUGCCUCGGAUCCUACUGACAAGCUGCUUUCGCAGCCACUCCCAAGAGCGAUUGCCUUCUCCUUGUAAAUAAUACUAAUCAAGGGACAGAACUAGAGAAGAGGGUAACCACUACCUGCUUUCAUUCCCUUCCUGGGAAUGCCACCUGACCAUUCAGGAGGUCGACAUUUUGAGGCUUUUCACAAAGUGUUGGCAUAUGCUGAUGCUCCUCUUUUCCUACUCCCACUCCAUUGGAAUUUGGAUGAGCAAAGCAUUGUGUUGAAGGAAACGCGUCCGUUUGUUUUCUCCUUUGAGACAGAGAGCUUUAAGGAAAGAAAUCUUUGCCGGGUUACAGACGCCGCCUGCAUACCAGUUCCAGGUGGGAAGGCUAGAGUUUGGGGCUGAAGCUCAACAAGUUGUCAGAAUGUUGGUAAAAUGGGAACGCAUAGUUUGUUUUCAGAAGAAAACGAAGACUUAAUAUUUUUUUUCCAUGAUCAGUAUGUGUUCUUAUGGCUGAAAUUGCAUAACAAAAUGCAAAUAAAAUUCCUACAAGAACAGCACACAGUUCAGUGUUCC